CAGAGGACGCUUCGAUCGAAAAUGAGAGGAAGAAAAGUUGGAUGUGUCUGAUGAUCGAUGACAGAGGUGUUAAUUUGAAUUUAGGAGAAAGUAUACUUUAAAGUAGUGCUGUAUAACCGUUAGUGAUGAUAUUAAUAAGUUAUAUGAAUACGAAGGAAUAUAUUAUAACAUAAAAUAUGACCAAAGAUCGUUUAGCCGCACUCAAAGCGAAAACAAAAUGCAGUAUAAAGUAUCAUCAUCAACAACAAUACGAAAUUCUAGCUCAAGGAGAUGAUGAGGUGACAGUUACUGUGGAAGAUAGUCAUGGGUCAGGAUUUAUGGAAGAUUUCUUUGCUGAGGUGGAAGAAAUUAGAGAAAAUAUUGAUAAAAUACAGACAAAUGUGGAAGAAGUUAAGAAAAAACACAGUGCAAUUCUUUCGGCACCGCAAACAGAUGAAAAAAUUAAACAAGAAUUAGAAGAUUUAAUGGCAAACAUUAAAAAGACUGCUAAUAAAGUUCGGGCCAAGUUAAAAGUUAUGGAACAAAAUAUUGAACAGUUGGAGCAGACGAGUAUGAUGUCGGCAGAUUUCAGGAUUCGCAAGACCCAACAUUCCAUGUUGUCACAAAAAUUUGUUGAAGUCAUGACUGAUUAUAAUAAAACCCAAACCGAUUACAGAGAAAGAUGCAAGGCCCGAAUACAGAGGCAAUUGGAAAUAACUGGUAAAGUUACUACUGAUGAUGAACUAGAAGAUAUGCUAGAAAGUGGAAACCCUGCCAUUUUUACUCAAGGAAUAAUCAUGGAAACUCAACAAGCAAAGCAAACUCUUGCUGAUAUCGAAGCACGCCAUGCAGAUAUUAUUAAAUUAGAAAACAGUAUAAGAGAACUUCAUGAUAUGUUUAUGGAUAUGGCAAUGCUUGUUGAAAGUCAGGGUGAAAUGAUCGACAGAAUUGAAUAUCACUGCGAACAUGCCAGAGAUUAUGUGGAAAGUGCCAAACAAGAUACUAAAAAAGCAUUGGUAUAUCAGAGUAAGGCUCGAAGGAAAUUGAUUAUUAUUAUUAUUAUAGCGGUUAUAUUAAUCAUCAUUAUUGCACUGAUCAUAGCCCAUGCUGCAGGUGCCAUCUAGAAAGAUGGGGUUUUUCUCAAUGGCCCAUAGUACGGUCACAAUAACAGGGAAUGUUUAGCAUUUGCAGUCCGAAGAAUGCCAGAAAAACUGAACUCUUAUCGGGUUAUCUUUAUGAAAACAGAAUCCACAUGCACACCAUAUUUAUGUUAUAUUCAAGACAUUGAAUGUACGAAACCACUUUUUUAGAUUUAAACUCGAGGUUCCUAAUUAUCGUACUUCAAUAUACGUGUAAUUUUAACAGUUUACCUUUAUGUUUUUGUUAAUAUGUUUUAUUUCUCACGGGAUAUAAUGUAUUUAUGCUAGCAUUUUGUAUUCAUAAUUGUUUUCUUACAUAUUCCAAAUUAAUUAAUUAAUUAAAAAAACCUUCCAUUUUUUUUAUUUUAUAUAUCACGUUCUGUACUUAAAAACCUUAUACACGUGCAUCUCUUUUUAAUUAUAUAUUUUAUGCAUUACUCUGAGAGAACCAAUUUGAAAAUUUCUUUGCAUUUCAACAUGAAUCUCUCUCAAUUUUGUUUGUUAAAUGAUUAAUUUAUAACAUUUAUUUUUACUUUGUAUAUUAUUUAAAUUGUGUACUUACAUUUUUGGUUAGUCUUAAAGACUUAAUUUCUGUUCCUUUAAACAUAAAUUUGGACCCAAUUUGUUAAAUGGAUGUUCAUCAUGCCUCUACCAAACAAUGUUUUUAUAAUCCAAAUUUAUGCAUAAAUAAUGUAAACAAUAACUUAGGAAUAUAUAUCUAUACAUAAUUAUAUAUGUCCAAAUAAACUAUAUAACGAUGCAAUUUCUAUUUGUACAUUCAUUUAAGUCUUUCUAAUGGACUUAAUUCCAAAUUUUAACAAAAUCACAGUUAAUUAUUUUCUAAAUUAUAUAUUAUAUGAAUAUAAAUAUAAAAUUAUGUUUUACACUUGGUUUAUGCACAGUUCUGCACCAUAGAAGCAAUUAUAUUUUGAGUUAAUUUGAUUAUGUAUCAUGUUAAUUUAUUAAGAACAUGGAAGUAAUACAGGUAAAAUUUUUGAAAAUAAUGUUUAAUUUAAUUAAAAGAAAACAAUCUGCUAUAUUUAAGAAAUAUAAAUAAAAUUAUUUAUAUACUGUUUUUUUUUCCUUGCAGAAAAAGAUCAUUAUCAUGAUCUGUGUGGUUAUCCUUAUAAUCGUAUUGGUGUCGACAUUAGGAGGAGUGUUAGGAAGUUAAAUUAGGAAGAACUAUUUUCUGGGUUUGGCAAUCUCAUAACGUUAAAUUAUAUUUUUCUUCUACUUUUUUAACACUUUGUAUAAUUUGUUUUUGCAUUCAUACCGUCUAGAAUGCCUAUCUUCACUUAUUCGUUCUGUAAAUCUUCUUACACGAUACUUUGGAAGGAAAUUAAUUAGAAACAGUUUUAAAAAUUAGAAAAGUUAAAGUCUGAAAUUAGGAUAUUUUAAUACAAAAAUUUAUAUUUUCCCCUCUUGGAAGAUUUUAACACAAUUUUUAUAUAAAACUACUUUAAAAAAUUAACAAUGAUCAGAGAUUUAAACAUAGCAUAUAAACUAUUUUUCUGAUUGUUAACAUGCAGAAAUUUUUGUAAAAAAAGUUUUAAACACUGUUUUAUAUCUCUAAAUUUAGUUUCUAUAAAGAUUUGAAUAUGAAAAAUGAAAGGAAUAUUUUAUUUUUUAAAUGAAACUUUUUACCUUGUGAUGCAUAGAACUAGUCAAGAAUUUGUUUUGUUAUCUUUUCAUAUAAAGAAAUAAUUGUGAUAAUUCUAUUUUAGUACUUAAAAUAAAAAGGAGCAACACACUACAUAAAAAUAAUAUCAUUAAAUAUAAUUUAUUUUUUAUCUGAACAUUUUUUAUAAUAAUUAAAUCUCUGUGACUAAUAUAUAAAUUAUUAAAUAUUGAAUUUCUAGAGUUUAAAAAUGAUGUAUUCACAUUGGAGAGCAACAUAUUUGUUGAAUAUUUAUUUAUUAAUAUCCUAUGCACGGUGAUGGUUUUAGAUUAUGUGAGGCCCUAGGCAAGAAUAGAUUUGUGAGGUCUUUUUAUAUAAUGUAAACCUGUAUCACACAAUGAUGUGUAAGAUCUAGGAUCCAAGUUGAUAAAAGAUUCAAAAAUUGAGUAGCUUUUGUGUAUUUGAGGUCCCUAAAAGUGGGGCCCUAAGCAAUCGACUUGGCUUUUAUGACACCCGAGUGUUUCAAGAAGCUUCUAGAGAUGAUACACAAUUCCCUAAUAUCCAAUACUUUGUUUAAUUAUUGGAUAUUGGGGAAUCUUGGCACACUUAGGCAAAGAUUGGAAACCUCUGCCCUAGGAAAAAACCUAGGUUCCCUAAGCCUAAAACCACCAUUGUCCACUUGGCAUUUAUGAAACAUAAUUUGAAACACUGUGUUCACAUUAGUAUUUGUUAAACAAAAUAAUCUAGAGCAGGAUCAUUAGUAUGCUGCAGAUAGUGCUUGUUGUAGAAGUGGUAAAAUCAAGAAAAUUAACACAAUGAAAUGUUAUAUGUAUAUAUUCAUUUAAGAGUAAUUUGUACUUCUUAUGAAAGUUCACCCCCCUUUUUUUUUGGCAAAGAUGCAGAAAUGUUAGUGCUUUGUUUAGCCAUUCUCUUGCAAACUUCAAUCAUAUUGAACACACGAUGCCUGAAUGUUAAGACGGAUCUCUCUAGACUUCCGACUGCAAUAAUGCCCAAAUUUUUCUAAGUUUACUCUCAAAUUUUCAUGGUAAUUUUAAAAUAUCUGAUAUAAAACACACACGAUUAUAUGUUCAUUAGUAUUGUUUGUUAUCUAAAUUAUUAAAUGCUGUCAUUAAGGAGACACAUUCAAUCAUUUAACGUUUUUAUGUAUAUAUUGUACAUAGUUUUUAAUGAUUUGGAAUUUAUAAAUGUUGUGCUAUACCUUCAAUUUUUGAACUACACAACUCCAGUUUAAACAAUUUUCCUCUACUGUGAUCACCUGCUAAACAUAAAAACCCCAACGAACAAUCUUUAAUAAAAUAAAGAAUUUACCCAGACAAAUCUGCAUUUAUUUUGAGAAAAAAAAUCAAAAUAUUUUCUAAAUUUGUUUUUGUACUUUUUAGAAAAAUGACAUUCGAAACUCUUUACAGAUUUUGAAGCUUUUUAAUAAAAUGGAGUUGUGCAGUGUUUAUAUAUUAUACAUAUAAUCUAUUAAUGCAAAUGAUAAAUGUGUUCCAGUUAGUGAAAUUUCUAUUAUAAGUGCGAGAAGGGACGACGUCCUCGGAGAAUCCCCAAAAAAAUUCAGUUUGACCGAAUCCGUAACUUAUAAAAAUAUAUGCAAUGAAAGACUAAACAGUAUUCAAUAGUAGGAUGUGACGUCGACCCUCCUCGUACGGAAUCAUAGAUAUAUACGAUGUCAUUAAAAGAUUGUUAAGAAUUUUAAAGGGAGUAUUGUCAUCAUAAAAACGAAAAAAAUUAUACAACUGUAUAUGUUGUAGUUACGUGCCUCAUUAAAAACCAUAUUUUCUGAACAAUGUCUAUAUAAAUAUAUAUAUAUCUAUGUGUGUGUAUAUUUUACUGUUAUGUGAAUAUGUUUACUUUGUGUAGCAUACAAAACAUAAAAUAGAUAACUUGUAGAAAUUUGUCAAGCUCUUUCUGGUUUUUGGCAAAUUUCAUAUUUUGUUUCAAAAUUAUUAUGCAUUAUGUAAUUCUUAAGAUAUUGCCGUCUUCCUCUCAGCGGCGGAACUUAUUUAAUCAUGUUUUGUUUAUGGAAAAAAAUGUAUUUAUGUCAAAAUGGUGAAAUUUCAAUAAAAUUUUGUCUUGUGAAA